GGGUGCAUCCUUUGGGGAAGUAGGGUCAUAGUUCCCAGCUCAUUCAGACCCAGAGUGCUUGAGUCUCUGCAUGAGGGCCAUCCGGGAAUAGUCCGGAUGAAGGCACUCACAAGGAGCUACCUUUGGUGGCCUGGGCUAAAUAAGGCUAUCGAGGCCCAAGUACAUGGUUGCAUCAUGUGUCAACAGUCCAGACUGGAGAUGCCACAAGCCCCUGUCCACCAAUGGGAGGACACUCACACACCAUGGUCAAGAAUCCACAUUGACUUUGCUGGGCCCUUUCAGGGACAGCUGUUUUUAAUAAUGGUCGAUAGCCAUUCAAAAUGGUUAGAGGUUGCACCAGUUCCCAAUAUGACUACUUCCAGGACUAUCCAGAAACUGUGCAGAAUCUUUGCAACACACGGGCUUCCAGACAUCUUAGUAUCAGACAAUGGGGCUCAGUUUACUGCUUCAGAAUUCCAGUCCUUCCUCAGGACAAACCUCAUAAGGCACACCAUGUUGGCUCCCUUUCACCUGGCCUCGAAUGGCCAAGUGGAACGCAUGGUCCACACAACCAAGGAGUCCCUAAAAUGGAUUGUCACAGGAAACUGGCACCACAGAUUGGCAGACUUUCUACUCUGCCAGCGUACAACUCUGUGCAUAGCCAUGGGCAGAAGCCCAGCCAAGCUACGUUGGGGCCGACGUUUGAUCACUAAGCUGGACAGGCUCCACCCCGACCGAGUUGCAUCGAACUCUGCAUGGCCAAAGGCGCCCAGAAGUCUGCAAGUGGGUGACCGGGUUUGGACCCGGAAUUACGGGCAAGGGGCUUUGUGUGUGGCAGCAGUGGUUGUAAAGGUUUGA